GCGCUCACCACACACCAUCAUGCAAGUCGACAACCCAAUAUCCCAACCAUCGCUGUUCGCACCAUCGUUCAGCGCCGAAUACUCGCUAGAUCUCAGCGAUAUCUUCCAUAACGACCUCUUCGCUUCGGUGCCCUCCGGCUCCACCGCGGCCUCGUCCUCUUCCCCCUCUUCAUCCCGCGCCACGACCCCCAGUGUCCUCACACCCCCUCAGGCCACUCUGGACACCUCUUUCCCCGAAAUCCACGAUGGAACCAGCCCGGGAAGCCUGCUCGGCUUCAUGGACGAGGACAUCAAAUCCUUCGAUCCUAUGUCUAUGCUGAAUGCCACUGCCUCCAACCCGUAUGCUUUCCUCAGCGCCUUCGGUAGUGGAAAUGCCACCGCCUCGUCAUCUGUACCCGGCUCUACGGAGUUGGAUGGUCUCUUUGCUAUCGACCCCCAACUGGUCGAUUCGCCUGCACCAGCAGUCAUGACCGAUUUCGAAGAAAGCGCAUCGCCGGAGUCGUUGUCCAUGUCUCCCUCGGCCGACGAUGAAGAGGAUUUGGCAUCUACGACCAUCGUUCCCGUCAAGGUCGGAGGUCACGGCAAAGGCCGAAAGGGCACGGUCGCUAGCGGGGGUGUGAAAAAAGCCACUGCCGCUGUCACUGCUGCACCGAACAAAGAGAACGCCGUCACAUUCCACCCAUCGAUGCUGCUGCCACGCAAGAAGGAUGGCUUCGAUGAUGACGACGACGAGCACGAGUUGCCGGAAGAUUGGCGUCCGCCUCCCGAGGUGUUCCAGAAGAUGACCAGCAAGGAGAAACGUCAGCUGCGCAACAAAAUCAGCGCACGUAACUUCCGUGUCCGCCGAAAGGAAUAUAUUUCUACGCUGGAGGAUAACAUUGCUGAACGUGACCGGCUUCUUACGGCCAUCCGCGCCGAACUUGGCAGCUCUCAGAGCGAGAACGUUGCCUUGCGGCAGGAAAUUGCCACGCUGAAGCGGACGUUGCUGGAGAAUCGUGGCCCUGCCCCCGUUCUACCUCCCCCCGCACCGCUUUCACCGUCGGUGCCGGCAGCGUCCCCUUCUAUCGCCGCUCUUUCAUCCCCAUCAAUCGCUUCUACCUCCAGUGGUCGAGGCUCCCCAUUGCCCACGCCCAACACUCACAAGGACCUGGCUGCCAACUCCCGAUUCUGGGGUGGCGUGUCCUCGUCUUUGGGUGGCGGAUUCACCAGCGUGCAUACUGUCACCAUUCCGGAUCUGUUGGGUGCCAAUCCGUUCGCUUCGAGUCCAUUCGCCAGUGCCCUGCCUGCAGUUAAGGAGCAAGAGAACCUCAAUCCGGCACUCAAUGGAAUCAAACCAUCAGAGGUCUUACGCAGCGGACUCGGUCUUGGUGCGGGCACUGGUGCUCCGACUUCCAGCGGCGAUGCAUUCGGAGACGUCAACCCGUUCACUGUUCGCAAUCUCGAUUCGUACAGGAUGCAUCUAUGGGAACGUAUGGCUGCUCAGUACAAGUACAACAACGAGCUUCCAUCCAAGACGCACUUGCCAACGCUUCCCCCGCUCACUGGAUUGGCCAGUCGGAUGCCAACGAAACACUUCCAGUCCCCGUCGACGAAUGCCAACUCGCUUUCGUCCGCUAUGUCUGGCAUGUCAUUGUCUGGCAAACCCAGCGGCAGUACUCCCUCUGUGCAUCAACGCUCCCUGGAGAAACAGCGGGCCGACGCCGAGGUCGCGCAGACUGCUAUGUACACUGCGAUGGCCAGUCAGACUCUCCUGAAACGACUCGGUGGAGCGUUCUGGGACGCCUUCUCUGGAAACGAGAACUCUCCUUCGCGAUUGGCUGCACCGAAGCUCGAUGCAGACAAAGUGCGCAGAGUCCUCGAUGGCACAGCUGUCCUCAAGGUUGUCGAUGUCGAUCCUCCGUCUCCGAAAGUCCAGUCGUCGGCGAAGACCGCCGUGCCCGUCGCGUGCACAUACAGCCUAAAUAUGGCGUCCAUGCUCGAGGAAAGCAUGCGUUCGCUCAGUCUCGGAAAGAAGUCUCAGUAGUCUUGUUAUGUCAGCCAUAUGUGCCACCACAUCCAUCACUCUCCUUCCCUCCUCGCAGUGCUUUGACGAACCGAUUUGUUUGUCAGAUCCCAACCCAUUUUCGGACCCCCAGCAUUCCAAAUCCACUCCCUUAUUCAAGCGAAACUGUAUAUAUACUUAUUAGAUCGUCAGCUAUCCUGUGUAGCUUGGAUAAUACUCGAUACUCAUUGCAAUGUUGAUCGUUGAAACGCCGAGAAGGCCAAAUCUUUCUGCCUUCCGAGAAAGGAAGCCUCUGCAUCCGGAUAAGGAAGCCAAGUCCUUCAUUUGAGUGUGACGACGACCCUGCAAAGACGCGCUACUGACUUUGAACCCUGAGCAAAGAUUAACCCACUUCUUUCUGAAUUCAAGUUGGCACAGAUCUGGGCAGACGCAAUCAUCUGCUGCAGCAAUCAUCAGAUGGACUCCCGGUUCGACUCGGAAACCAUCGAACUUCGAAGACUCUCAACUCGGCCAUGUCAAACGGGGACAUU